UCCCCUAAAAUCCUUGCUGGCAGAAAAGGUCUUAACAAUACUCACCGUGUGACAUCCCUCUUGCUAUCUCCUUCAUUAGACAACCUCCAAGACAAGAUCGAAAAAGGACGAAAGCGGAAAGUACACUCCCGUGAAGGAAAUUGAAUUGUUUCUCAAAUAAAUGUUUGCAUCGGGAGAAGUAAAAAUGGACGGACAUAUUCUAAACAAAUUGUUGGCUAAGUUAGUCUUUCUUUUGUGGAUUUAUUCAGUAUUUUGUGGUGCUUUCAAAGGACUAGUGCAAGCAGAAGGUUGGAACAGUGAUGGUCAUAGCGACGUUUACAGCAGCGUUGAUCUUGUACCAUGUAUCUUCAAGGGCGAGAUAUAUUCUCAUGGUGAUUCGUGGAUCAUUGAUCGAGAUACAAAGUGCCAUUGCAAUGACAGUGACGUAAUCUGUGACGUCAUGACAUGCCCGUACCUGGACUGCCACAAUCCAGUCGCCAUCCCGAAAGAGCCUUGUCCAUUGUGCUUCCAUAACGUCAUUGCCCAGGCGCUACACGUUGAACUUCGCCGUCUGAAUGACGUCAUGACUGGCCACGGCCAACCCGUCACAUUGACCUUUAACAUUGACGUCCUAUUCGACGAAUUCUCGCAGACGACGAGCGUGACUGGUAAACGCCUAUGGAAGGUCUCGGCGUGGGCGAGCAGCUACCCUGACGGGGGAGGAGCGCGACACGGCUACGUCGACCAAGUCCUCACCGCGCGACAGGCGUCACGGUUCCACAAAAAGGAUACCGAUUUCGUCAUCAAUGACAUCACCUUUGACCUCGUUCCUCCAUCUUGUGAAGCUGUGCGCCAUAUUUGCCUCAUUUUUGCCCGGGGUGACGCACCUACCACAAAAUCGGGACUGGAGCUCAUUUUUACCGGACCUAGGGAGGAUAGCCGAGAUAUCAGGAAGUGUGUGCCAGCGCCAACUUGCAAUGGCGCAAAACCCCCGACCCCCACGUCCAUCAACUUCCAUGGCUUCAGUAGAAACAUCAUUCCUUUAUUACAAAUCUUUCCCAGACGCAAAACCCCCGACCCCCACGUCAAUCAACUUCCAACGGCUUCAACACAGAACCGCUACAACCCAAAUCGUACAAGGGUCAGACGUGUAGAUCUGGAGGAAGUGAAUACCAAGCCGGUGAAGAAUGGAAGAAAACCGAUUGUGAAAAUUGUGUUUGUGUUGAGGGACGUCCGGAGUGUACUACUGAACAAUGCUCACGACCUAACUGCCCUGACCCAAUACAAGUCGAAGGAGUGUGUUGCAGUCUCUGCCCUUUUUGUCAGCAGGGCGUAG